GGGAUGAGUCAGGCUAUAUGAUGCUUCUGCUGUCGCUUCCAUUUCAUCAGCACAAAACAUCCAAACAUUUCUCCAUCUUCCAAGCGUGGAUCAAAACAUGACAGAUGUAAAUCAUCUUUGACUUUUACGCGACUUUGAUCCAGGCAGGGAUAAUUUCAACAACACGCCGACUCAUCUUUAGCAACAUCUAAGCAAAAUAGACCGCCUACACGGCACAGUUUGGUUUGCAUCUGUUUGUUUUUUUUAUGUAGAGACGAAUGUUUUGUUUAUUAUUCGGUAUGUUAUGUGAAUAGUUUAUGUCCGUCAUUUCAUCCAGCGGUUUCUACAGAGGCUUCAAUCCUUUAAAGAAUAUGGAAUCUGCCGUUUGGUAGCUUUGAACCGACCAAACAAAAAACACCUGAGUAAACAUGGAGGCAAUUUGGCUUUACCAAUUUCGACUGAUUGUUAUUGGGGACUCCACUGUUGGAAAAUCGUGUUUAAUUAGACGUUUCACAGAAGGCCGCUUCGCACAGGUGUCAGACCCGACGGUAGGGGUGGAUUUUUUCUCCCGCCUGGUGGAGAUCGAACCUGGGAAACGCAUUAAACUGCAGAUUUGGGACACAGCAGGACAGGAACGCUUCAGGUCUAUUACCAGAGCCUAUUAUCGUAACUCAGUGGGAGGUCUGCUGCUCUUCGACAUAACCAACCGUCGCUCCUUCCAGAACAUUCAUGAGUGGCUAGAGGAGGCACGCAGCCACGUGCAGCCUCACAGCAUUGUCUUCUUGCUGGUCGGUCACAAAUGUGAUCUGGAACCACAGCGUCAGGUGAGCCGGCAAGAGGCCGAGAAGCUAGCGGCUGCGUACGGCAUGCGCUACGUGGAGACUUCAGCACGCGACGCCAUAAACGUGGAGAGGGCUUUUACAGAGCUAACACAGGAUAUAUUCGAGCUGGUGAAGAGUGGGGAGAUUACCAUCCAGGAGGGUUGGGAGGGAGUGAAGAGUGGAUUCGUACCAAACGUGGUGCAUUCGUCAGAAGAAGUGACAAAGGGCGAUCGCCGGUGUUUCUGUUGAGUCUGUAAGCGCCACCCUGGUACCUAUCAAACAUUUGGGCCCUGGUGCACAAAAGAAAUGCUUCCGCCAAUCACAGGGUCAGUCUUCAACUCCCUGAUUAUGACAUCACCCCUUUCCUGCCUGCUGAUUGCCUAAACGAGUCCCACCAUACCAUAUUGCUUCACUUUUCUAUACUACUUUGCUCAUUUUCCUAAUCACACAAUAUUGUAUAUAGCCAAAUUCUAUCGCAGAACUCCUGCUGAAAGGCCAGUCAAAACUAUAUCUGCACAUUCUGUCAUUCUGUAGAAUGAAUCUGUCAUUCAUUCUAUUGAGCCACAAAAGUUUGACUUCCCAAAUAAAGAUGUUCUGGCUUUGGACGUCUCCAAUAUCAGGAAGAAGCUUGUUCCAAGUAUCUUCUAUUGGUUGUAUCAUGAGAGAGAUAACGGAAUGGACUAACACAACUUUUACUUGCUGACUUCAACGCUGGGAUACACAUUUCUGUUGACUCAAACAUGUCAGACUUGAAACAUUUGAUUGCUGAAGGUGUGAAGUGUCUGAUUAUUUUUAGUAAAAUGAAAGACAAAGGGAAGGAGAUAUACUGCAAUAUACUACAUGAAGAAUUCCAAGACUGGAAAAACACAUGAUCUUUAAUGAUUCCCAUAUGAACAAAAAAUUGUAAUUGAAAUGGUGUGAGAUACGCAUGUGUCAUACAUGGUAUGAUAAUCCAUAUCACCAAGGAGGUUCAUUUUUAUGAUCUAAUGCAAAGAUUCAUAAGGGACUACUGAAAGCACAUCCAUGAGCCCCAGAUGGAUUAAUACAUGUGUGCAUCAUUUUACAAAUAUUAACAUUUCACUUAUCACACAUUGCCACAAGAGGCCUCUGGUGCUCACCAGAAUUACAAAGAAACCUUAAUCUGUUGUAUUUAUGUACAUCUUUUACACCUUUUAUCCCAAAGAGUGUUUCUGAGUGUUACAGCCUGCGAUUGUACUAUCUAAUGUGAAAAAGCAAGCUCUUCCUAUAGGGUUUCUAACUGCCCAGUGAGGGCCAUUGACCUUGUACACAUUCACAUAAGACAUCUGUAUCUAUAGAGCUUGUAUCGCCAUGUAUUUAAUCCUUACUUUAUUCAUCUAUAACAUCUUUACUUUUUGAAAUGACUUGCUCUUCACUUUCACUCUCACCCCUACGAAAUAUAUCCAUAGCCGCGUUCUCAAAUUAAAUCGAAGAAGAUGUGUCGAUACAGUCCAUAACAGUGCACAACUGGCUGAGUAGUUAAUCCUUCACAUUAUUGGAUAGCAUGAAGCCUUUUAAAACAUGGCUGAGACAGGGUCUCAGGGAAGAACCAGAGGAUUUUGGAUUGGUUGACCACUUGCUCGCUCUAUAAGCUUUUUGUGGCUGAUGUGGAUUUGCAAGGACUGGCUGGCUGUACAAACACUACUGAUUCGGUUUCAGUGAAAAUUUGACACCCUGUACCUCUUUAUCAAGGGAACAUGAAACGUACUACAGAUUAAAGUAACAUGUUAAAAAUGUUCUGGUUGAAUAUUAUAACUUGUUUAACAUUCCACCCUUGACCUGUUGGAAUUGAGGGUCGUUUUACAGUUCAAUGAUGAUAUUAUCAGUACAGCAGUUGUGCUGCUCCAAGAGAAUAUAAUUGAAAGGCAAUAGAAGAUCAAGACAACAUUAGUAGUUUCAGUAGUGCACAAGUGAUUGUCAAAGAUUGAAAGAAAUGGAUGGAAUUGCAGGCACAUAUUUAAUUAGUUGGAUUCAUCAAAGCUUAUUCAUCUCACUCACUGCCAGAACCUCAAUCAGACGAGGAAUUAUAAAAAGCUACGCAGAUUAAAAACACAGACCAUCUCAUCUAUUUUGUGCCUUUUCCAAAAUUGCUUCAUUAUGAGUUCUUUGUUCAGUGUUUAAUGGCUACAAUGUGACAAAUAAGUACAGGUGAAGGACAAGAGAUGAAAAAAACUGACAUUAGAUAAGGAAGAGUGAAGAAAAGGGAAGUAAAGGAGAAAGGAGGCUGAUAAAUGAAACAGGAUGUUCCCCUGAUAUUCUGCAUGCUGCAUUGACAAUGAUCUUACCAAGAUUUGGCAAGAAAAAUUCCACAGAAAGAAAUUUGAGGCCAAUAAUAGUAGUUCAAACAGUUUCGCUUGAACAGAACUGAAAUUUCAGAUGUUUCCUAAACAACAAAUGAGAGGAAAAAGAGCACAGAGGAAGACAAAUGUGUAGACCCUAU